AUGUCCCCUGGAGGGAAGAAGAGUCGGGCUCGGAGUCCACAGGAACUCUAUGACGAAAUCAAAGAACUCUUGAUCAAGACCAAACCGAAGCUAAAGGACGCAAUCACCACCAAGGAUGAAACCAUAACCAGAGAUUUACAUAAGAUAGCCUCGCUUGCACAGAUAUUCACAGAACAGCGGCUGAAGACGAGCAAAAACAGCCAGUUAUCAGAUUUACUCGAUCAGGAAGGUGUCAACCUGUGGAAUGCGUCCGGCGUGGUCCGUCAAGGCUCUGCGCAUGACAGCCGCGCUGUCGUCGCCGCUUUGCGGCUAGCUGGUUUUCGCCUCAUGGAAGCAGGGUUGGAACCUAAGCCUGACGCUGAAGCAUUAUUACAUAUUCUCCAAAUUGCGAGCAAGACUGGCGCAACCCUGUCCGAACUCGGUCACAAUGACACCGCAUCGAGCGUACUAGGUUGUGCGGCGAAGUAUGAGGAAGCGCUGAGAAAUAUUGACGACCCGAGUGGCACCAAUCACCAAGCCAAGGCAUGUGUUACAGCUGUCUACCUCUCAACCAGAAUGGAAGCAGCUUGGAGGGAAGGAAAUGAAGGGUUAGCGGCCUUCAUGGCUGACAAAAUCACAGAGACGCUCGCGACUAAGCUUCUGGACAUUGGAAAAUCGCUUUUGAGAAGUUGCUAUCAGGACAGCAAAUCGGCGCCAGAAGAGAACAAGGCUCAGGAUGCUAUUCGAUGGAUGCAAAAGGCGUUUUCCGUUAUUGAGCCACUCGAUUGCGCGACUAAUGCUGAGCUUGUUGAGCUCAAGAGAUCGGUUCUCAGGAGUCUGGGUAAAGCGGAAACCGCGCUAGAAGAAGUUAUCGCAACUAUCGAUCCUUCUGUGGACAACGUAAGGUCCGAAUACCAGCAACUCCGAUGGAUGAAGUUGGCUGUCAUAAAGCGGCGAAAAGCUGGAGAUACUGUUCUUCUUCAAGCCCUACAAGCCAUCAUUGACAACAUGUCAUAUUCAGAAAGCAAUCUUACCGACCAAUUAGUCACGAGUGCAAUUCAGUACUGCCUUCAUCGGGCCUUACAGUGCUCUUGGAGCACAGACGCCGUGGAAAGGCUUCUCAUAUCUCUCGUAUUCCAUUGUUCCAAAGAUGACAAACACGACAGGGCCGUGCAAGAUCUACAUGCAUCUUUUAAGGAACUGAGUGACGUGGAAUUUGAGCUUCUCAAAGCUCCGGCCACAGCUUGCAUUACGCUUUUAUGGCAAUACGGUGAUCGCCAUUAUCAUGCGGGGCGAUGGAAAGAAGCUGCGGACUGGUUCAGUUGUGGCACUCAUUCUAUAUUUGCAAGUUUAGGCCCUGUCAGCAGCUCAAAGUGUUUUCGGAAAGCUGCCCUAGCGCAUCUUAAGCGAAAGGACUACGCUCACGCGGGGUCGGUCAUCCGCCGCUGUCCUGACACAGAAGCUACGACGCAAUAUGUAACCUUUCUUAUUGCCGUGCAUCAAGCGAUACAAUCAAUACGGAAUAUGGUACAUGCGGUGAACUUCGACCGCAAGAUGAUUUUAUUGGCCUGCCGGCUGGCGCAUGAUAUGGACAUGAAGAACCUUCUUCUUAACGUGCUGAAGGCUCUUCUUGAAACGUUGAACUUCCGAGAGAACGUGGAGAACAUCACUGAAGCCAUGGCGCUGGUAAGGUGUAUAAUAAGGCUUAUCAUCAAGCUCCUUGGAGAACCCGCUGCCGAUUUGGAGCGCUUAGUGGCGUCAUUACUCCACCACUUGAAGAUUGUGGAUGUGGCAGCGGUGACUGUUGCAGAGUCUUGUGAACAGCCUGCCAUGCUUGUUAGAGACGUAUCUUGGCUCUGGAGAACUGCAUACAAUUGUGCUAUCCAAGCUUGCUCGGAUUGGGAAGACAGAGAAAAUCAAAUAUCUGACAUCUUUGACGCAGCGAGACGAUUUAAGCUCGUCGCACAGCUUCUCGAGCUCUACAUACUACAUGCGACUGUAGAGGUGGACCAGGCAAUUUACGUUUACUUGGUUAAUGCCUCGUUCGCAUCCGCUUCAGGCCGUGUUAUGUCUUUCAGACGUUUGCGGUCGCAGACAGAAUCGAUUGAACCUGAGACAUACCGCGAUCUGUUCAACGAGGUCAAUCAAUCAUCACAGCGCAUCGUCAAGGUUUUGCGGGAGGAGAAGGUAUCACAAGAGGACCUUCCUCGACUUCAGUCAUCCUUGCAGAUUUUACGAGUUUUUAUCGUCGAAGCAGCAACUCACCUGUCGGAUUGGAACACGGUCCUGGCCACAAUUGAGGGACGGUUACAAUUCCCUUUUAAUAAAUCAGACAGGAACUUAUUCUGCAUACAGGAGGCAUCUCGCUCCGAUCGUGAUUCAUUGGAAACGUACGAGGCGUUCGCUGACACUCUAGCCACACUACACGCUUGUUUAGCUCGCGGACAUUUUUCUCUGGAGAAAUUUUCCCGGUGGCUCCGAGCGAUGUGUCUUAUACUACUGACAAGAGCAACAGGAUCCGAUCGAUCCAAGGCAAUUGGCUACGUGGACCAAGCUAUUGCUGUACUGGAGGAGCACGGCGACGCUAGGGACGGCGGUGAUCUGCUCUAUCCUUUGGACGAGCGUCAGUGGCUUCUGAGCACAGCGUACAACACCGGCCUCGAGUGUCUUCAUGCAUCCAUGGUCGACGAAGCAAAACGUUGGUUCGAAUGUUCUACCGUUAUCUGCCGCUUCGUUCCCGAUGGUAGGCAACGCGCAGAAAAGGUAGGCAAAACGCAAUGA